ACGGUUCGAAGAAUCACACCAUGAGAAAACGAACUGGAAGAAGAGCAAGAAAAAAACGAAGGAAAAGAGAGAAAGGAGUCCAAACUGUAAGCCUGGCGCAUGAAUCUCAGUUCGUGGACCUGCGAAAGUGGCUGAAAGAAAGGGGCUUCACCUCUCAGUGCCUAAUCCCUGCCCGCUUCCCUGAUACAGGUAGAGGACUUAUGACCACCCAGGCUAUUAAGGCCAAUGAUUUAAUCAUCUCCUUACCUGAAAAAUGCCUGCUGACCACUAACACAGUCCUGGGGAGUUACAUGGGAGAAUACAUAAAGAGGUGGCAUCCACCAGUUUCUCCACUUCUGGCUCUCUGCUCCUUUCUCAUCGCUGAGAGACACUUUGGAGAUGAGUCCCAGUGGAAACCUUACAUCGGUGCCUUGCCGAAAUCUUACACGUGCCCCGUGUAUUUCCCCAGUGACGUCACGGAGCUCCUGCCUGCGGGCCUCCGCCGAAAAGCCGAGGAACAGAGGGAACAGUUUCGGGAGUUUUACUCGUCCUCUUUGGCUUUUCUCCGCUCCCUCCGGCCCCUGUUCGCUCAACCCGCGGAGGAGAUAUUUACCCAGGACGCACUGCGCUGGGCGUGGUGCAGCGUGAAUACACGCACGGUCUAUAUGGAGCAUCCUCGGAGGGAGUGCCUGUCCAGAGAUACAGACGUGUACGCGCUGGCCCCAUAUCUCGACCUUCUUAACCAUUCUCCCGAUGUCCAGGUAGAGGCUGGUUUCAACAAGUUUACCCAGUGUUAUGAGAUAAGGAGCAUCCAAGGCUGUCCCAGGUUCCAGCAGGUUUUCAUCUGCUAUGGUCCCCAUGACAACCAGCGCCUCCUUCUGGAAUAUGGUUUUGUCGCCCCUGGCAACCCCCACAGAGUGGCCUACGUUGAUCCAGGUGUUUUAAAGCUGUGUUUAAAAAGAGAUGAUAAGCAGCUUGCACAAAAGCUGCUUUUUCUGAGGGACAAUAAAUUUUUGGAGAACCUGACCUUCGGGGCAGAUGGACCCUCCUGGAGGCUGAUGACAGCUCUUCGACUGUUGUCACUGAAGCCGGAGCAAUACUCAAGUUGGAAAAACGUCCUCUUGGGGGCAGCAGUGAGCCACGAUAGAGAGGAGUGGUGCAUUGAAAUGGCCCAUAAGCUUUGCCGCUACCUAACGGAGGACACCACCAAAGCACUGGAGCAGUUAUCUCGGCUGAAACAGGGUGCGACCCAGGCUCACUUGGAGCAACUCGGUGUUGUAGAAACCCUGAGACGCGAAGAGCAGGGGAUUCUGGGGCACUCACAACAAGUUCUCCACAGCCUCCGGCAACAACUGUUGCCAUGCCGACGGAGCGACACUCCAGGCGAAGAACACUGAGUAGCCAG